UAAGCUAACUUUUUGGAUUGGCUUAAAGACAGGGCUACAUAGUUUCAGAGGAGUGAGGAAUAUUGUUACUGAUAGGAGAUAAAAACUUCACUGAGAUGUCUCUGGAAAGAUCAAGGCUUUGUUAGAAGGGGGAAAAACAUUCUUAAAAUGGAAUUCAAUAAAUGUUUGGGUGCAUCAGCAGCAGCAGAAGAAGGAAGAACAGAGGGUGGGGACGAUGAUAUUAACAAUGCUGGCAGUAGUGUUGUCCAUGAAGAGCUGGAUUUGGUACAAAUGUACCUUACCUGUUUGCCUGAAAGAUACAUGAAAGCAAAAUUUACCGGGGCAGCAUACUUGAUGUGCUGGUUAUUGCUGAAACUCUACAAGAAAGCCUGUGAGAAAAGACUCUCUGCUUCUGAAAAGGAGUGUCAUGGAAGUGCUGUAAUAAGGACUGCUGGAGAAGCAGAAGAGAGUACUUCUGAGACGAGACAGCUCCACAUCCAGACCCCAGAGCCAGUUGUCAACUACGUCAGUGAAGGAGAGUUUGAAGAUGAUCUGAGUUCUUCUACUCCAAGCACAAUAGAGUUGGAGAUACGAGGAUCCAGCCAAGACACAGAUGAAGAUUAUUUUGAGACCCUGUCACAUCAGAGUGGAUCUUUGUCAGAUGUAAAAACUGAGCCUUAUGAGAGUGCAUCAGAGACAGAAUCUGUUGCCAGUGAUGUAACUGGAGAAACUUGUUUGGAUUCAAACUGCCUUUUUACAGAAAAAACAAAUCUGUGCUGUACUCUUCCUAAAGCAAAGGCAGAAACAACCUUCCAUGAACUUAAGUGCUCAAGGCGAACAGAAUUUAGCUGGCAGGUGCAGUUAGAAGCGUCUUCCAAAAUAAAAGUAGCACCAAGCAAACAAGAAUUACAAACUACAAAGUCAGAAGGUGAAGUGGGUGUUGAAGAUCUAACAUUAACUAGCAGUAUUUCCAACACAGAGAACCAAGUGAGUGAAGAGGGCAUUUUAUCACAGACAGACAGAAAGUUUGUAGUGGAAUUGCAGAAUAAAACAGAUUUUGAAAGCACUGAAGUGCAGUCCUAUCCCAAUUCCUUACCUACAGAAGCUGCUGUUACAAGACAGGAGGAACGACCUGCAGUAUUAAGCAUUGCUUGUUUCAAAGCUAACUCAGGAAGUUGUUUGAUUUUUCCUGAGGUACAGCAACUUUCCUUCCAGUCAGAUGCAGCAUCAAGCUGUAGUUUGUCUAAUCUUCAUUUUGAAACAAAUGGACCUUACCAUGAAAGUUACACUGAGAUAUCUGACUAUAGAUGUGGACUAGAUUCCAUGUCCAGUAUAAAAUGCAAUAGGAAUAACUCAGCUGACAGUGAGAAAACUACAGGUAACAGGAUAAAACAUGGAAGUACAGAAACCAUGUUGACAUCACAUUCAUUCUUCUACCAGCACCACUUCAAAUCAAAAUCUCCACCUUGUGGGUCACUACACACAAGGUCAGAGGUUACAGGAAGUAAAACAUGGCACAGUGUGCCUGAAAAUAUUAGUGCUCAAAGAAAGGCAGAAUAUUUUGGGAACUGUAUUCAUCCAACAGACAAAUUUAGUUGGUCAUGUUCCAGAAUACAUCAUCAAGGGCUUGAUUUUGAAUACGCUUGGAAAAACUUAGCAAGGGUACCUGUUGGCCCUGAAAAGGCAAUAAAAGAGGGCAAAUUUGACAUAAAACAAUUCCUUCUUAAUACUGACAUAGACUCGAAUGAGGGUCAGCUUUCUCAACCAGCAGGCUCCCCCCACUGUGUUGAUUUUUAUUUGCACUCUAAACCAGUGGCAUGUGGCCUUAGCCCAGAAGCAGGAAAUACAUGUGCUGGUAGCUUAUCUUCAACCCAGACAGAUGCAUGUGAGUGUAAUCCAAAACAAAAGGAGACAUCAUCUACCCUGGACUGUGAACCAGUGAUCAUAAAUGCUGAAGAACUUCUAAAAAGUACUCGGUACAAUGCUGAAAGAGGUCUGGAAGCAGAUCAAUUCCCUUGUGAUACUAAUGUUGAAUUUGGGAAUUUUGACACUGAAAACCUAGCAGCUUAUCGUGUAGGUUUUCCUGCUGUUGUGGAAAACAGAGACUGUAAUUGUUCUGUAAACUGUGCUUCCUCUAGUAGAACGCAGAAGAAAAGUUUGAAGGAAAAUGUCCUGGAAUCUGAACUGUCACAUAUGGAAGUCAUGGCUGCAGGAAGACAAGUAGACAAUCCUUCUAACCUUAACUUCGGUUGGAAAGUCCCAGAAACUGCGUUACCAGGUGGCAGUAACACAGAGGCAGAGCAUAAAGUUUCAGUGCAUCAAAAUACAAAUUGCAAAACUGGUGCCUUAAGGAGUCAAUCUGAACCAGUAGCAAAUGAACAUCCUAUUCAUCAAGGAAAGGACGAGGACAGUUUCUUUGCUGUGGAAAUGACUCCCAAAUCAGAUCAUGUAAGCCAGGGAAGGCACUUAAUGAAGCUUCCAGAGCUAAAGCCUGCCCUGGUUAUAAUAUCUGUGGAACAGAACGGACUACAAUCCACGACACUGACUGAUGACCUUCAUACUGAAAGGGUAACUGGAACACUGAGAACCAUAGUGAGCAAGGACUCAGUGUCUCCUCAUACUUCCAGCAAAGAUCAUGAUGAGCCAGAGAGAGUUCUGAGUGAGUGCUGUAGCUGUGAAGAACAAAUUUUGGCCACCCACACCUUUCUUGGUAGUGCAGAGCUACUCCCUACUGGGGAUAUGGCUGAAGGAAAACCAAAAAUUUCACAAGAGCAAAGCAAGAAGACAGUUUCAUCCUUAGUGCUCACCUGUAGUAAUUCCACAGUAACAAGUAAGAAGGUAGAAUUCAGCAGUGUUACUGCUCCAUUGGGCAAUGAUGUACUUACUGCAGAAAAUACAGCAGAUAAAUGUGAAGAAGUGCUCUCAAAAUCACAUAGUAGAUGUGGUAUUAAGAUCUUUGAGACUGAGGCACACAGAACAAAGACUGAUUUUGCAUUAGAGACAGAAGAAUUCAGAAAGUCAUGGGCUGAAACAAAAAAUGACCAGGUCACUAAGGAAGAGGAAUUCAAAGCACAUCAGGGCAGAAAGGAAGAAGGUUAUAUAACUAGAGCAGUAGCAGUGGAAAUGUGCAGAAUAAGCAAUCUGUGUCAGGGAGAUGGCGCUUAUGAUGAUCUUCAAGGACCCAGCAUCAACACCUCUGAACAAGCAGUUGGCAGGGAAGGAGCUGAAGGCUGUAAUGGUUCAAAGGAACAAAUAGGUAUUUGUGAAGAACCUUCUCCUAGGGAAGAAAAGGAGGCCUCUCCUGCAGAAAACACAGCUACCUCUAGCAAAAACAGUGCAUUGAAUCUAGAUGUGUGUGAUGUCUUUAACUAUUCUGUGAAGAGAGAGACCCACAAUGCUUGUGUGGUUGGCCUAGAUAAUAUAAGUACCUGCAGCACUAACAGCGAGGAAAUGGAUGAGAACUCAUUCCACGGCCUGGGAAGUAACAGCAGUCUCCAUAAAGCUGUGCAAAAGCCAACAAAGAAUGGGAAUAGCGGGAAAGCUUCCAGGUUUUUGGUUUUCUCAAAAAUGACAUCUUUCAGGAAAACUAAGCCUGCCACAGCAGAAAAUCACGGAAGCAGUAGCUUCUUUGGCAGCAAGGCAAAGACAGAAGAAUUGGAUGUUGGGAAAGAAGAUGAAGACACUGAAAGUUUACAGUCUUUCAAAAGUUGUUCCUCUGGUUCUGCCUUCCACAGGAAGGAAAGCUAUGCCUCUGAGUACUCUGACGAUGAUGAUUUAUUCUAUGAGAGGCCAGCAGGAUUAUUCAAUAGAAUGAGCCUGAGGAAGGCUUCUGGCUCUGGUCGGAUACUGAUGGAAGAUACAGAUGUAAAUUCAACUUCUCUCACACUGGCUGCUGUCAGAUAUGCGGAUGGACUAGUUUCAGGUUCAUCUGAAAGCAAUGACAGUGAACCGGUGGAAUACCUUGGGAUUAGAAAAUCCUUCCCUGAAAAUGAAUACAAAAGAAACAAAAAUCCAGAGGGCAAGAAGUUCAGGGCAAGGUUGGCCUUGGCACACAAAUCACUCUCAAGCUUAUUUGAAUCCAAAUCUCUAGAAAAAGAAAACACUGAGCAAAGUUCGAAAGUAUCACUGAAAAAUGAAAAGGAGAAAGCCAAACGUUGCCAGAGCACCUGGAAAGCUUUUCUAAAAAGCAAGGAGGCAGAUGGACUAAAAAGGCCUGUCCUGGCAAAUUUAUCACCAACGCAGGAGAGUGUUAACACAACUAGAGGCCAACUGAUGAGAACAACAUCAGUAGAGCAGCAGGACAGUUCCAAUGGGCACACAUUUUUGAAAACAGAAACAUCUAAUGGUUCGUCAACAGACACCAACUCUUUUGACACCUCUGUGGAGCCUGUUGAUGUUUCUUCUCCUGCAGAUAUGUGGAGAAAACGAACACGGUCCCAUGACUUGGGCAUCAGAUGCUCACAAAGUUCAGACUGUGAUGAACACCAGGAUGCCCUGGGCAACAAUUUAAAUACUUCUCUAGAGGAAUACUGGAUGAAAUCUCCAUUUAGUCCCACUGACAUGCAGUUACCAUUUAGUCAGUCAAGUCCGUCUUGUCCCCAGCUCUCAAAUUCUGAAGGUAAAGAUAUGCCCUGUAGGCCCAUGAGCCCCAAACCACAGAGUCCACUAUCUGCUUCUCAACGCAAGAGCUUCCGAUACCCUGGAAGAAUAUGUGCCACAUCAAUGAUCUCUCUUGGGAACAGCUCUGCAGCUGACAGCAGUUUGGAGGCUCCUGAGAGACCAAAGACACUGAAACCCAGAGGUAGUCUCUUACUUUCUGUACACUCAUUGGACAACGAAUACCAGAAGGAUGACAGUGGGAUAAGCAGUCAAUCCCAGAUCAGCUUAAACACAGCUUCUUCCAUUAGUGACAUUCUCAGAGAUGAGGAGUCCAAACAGCAAUGUCAAACACCACCUGAAAAGAGUCCAAAUGAGAAAGGGGUUCCCCAUCGCAAAAGGAGACCUCUCCUGGUUCCACCAUCCCCACGCCCUAUCUCCACCCUUGAGAACAAAGCCUGGAGGCUUUCCUUCCUUGCUCCAGAUGAAAAAGACAAGGAGAUUCCAGAAAGGAGGAGGAGGAAGAGACCUAAAUCCCUUUAUAAGUGCUUCAGCUUCGAUGAUGUUUGGAUGGAGAGGAACCAGAAAAGGAAGCUAGAGAAAGAGAGACAGCCAGAGAGAGGGAUUCAAUUGCAACACCUACCAGAGGACCAGUUAAAAGCUGGAAUGAGUGCAUCCAUCACAUCUGCUAUUGCUCUUGACAUCCUACCACUGAAACUGCAUCCAUUUUCCCAGAGCACUCCAACAGGCUUGGACUGCGUGGGCUGGAAACGGCGCAUUUCUGCUCCUGUGAUUGCUGAUGGUGCACUGGAUAAGACAGCUCUGACGGACGAUGUGGGAAGUGAGGAGGACCUAUACGAGGACUUCCGGAGCUCCAACCACCGCUAUGGCCACGCUGGGGGAGGCGGAGAGCAGCUUGCCAUCAAUGAGCUCAUCAGCGAUGGCAGCGUGGUGUAUGCAGAAGCCCUCUGGGACCAUGUCACGAUGGAUGAUCAAGAGCUGGGAUUCAAGGCUGGUGAUGUCAUUGAAGUAAUGGAUGCUACCAACAAGGAAUGGUGGUGGGGAAGGAUUCUGGACAGCGAAGGCUGGUUUCCAGCCAGCUUUGUACGGCUCCGAGUGAACCAGGAUGAACCCGUGGAAGAUUACCCUGUAAAGGCAGAGGGUGGCAAAGAGGACGACUCCAGCAGUGGUACCCGCCGCUUCGGGAUGGGGCAGACCACCAAAGAUCAAAUGAGGACCAACGUUAUCAAUGAGAUCUUAAGCACAGAGAGAGACUACAUCAAGCAUCUGAAGGACAUUUGUGAGGGUUACAUUAAGCAGUGCCGCAAAAGAGCUGACAUGUUUACAGAGGAACAGCUGAAGACAAUCUUUGGGAAUAUUGAAGACAUCUACAGAUGCCAGAAGAAAUUUGUUAAAGCACUGGAGAAGAAAUUCAACAAAGACCACCCACAUUUAAGUGAGGUUGGCUCCUGCUUCUUGGAAUAUCAAACAGAGUUUCAGAUAUACUCUGAAUACUGCAACAACCACCCUAACGCCUGCAUGGAGCUGUCCCGCCUCACCAAAGUUAACAAGUACGUCUACUUCUUCGAAGCCUGCCGCCUGCUGCAGAAGAUGAUUGACAUCUCUCUGGAUGGGUUUCUGCUGACGCCAGUGCAGAAAAUCUGCAAAUAUCCACUGCAACUGGCUGAACUGCUCAAAUACACCAACCCUCAACACAGGGAUUUUAAAGACGUCGAAGCUGCCUUAAAUGCCAUGAAGAACGUUGCUCGGCUCAUCAAUGAGAGAAAGCGGCGGCUAGAGAACAUUGACAAAAUUGCUCAGUGGCAAAGUUCCAUAGAAGACUGGGAGGGUGAAGAUGUCCUAGUCAAAAGCUCAGAACUCAUCUAUUCUGGGGAACUAACCAAAAUCUCCCAUCCUCAAGCCAAGAGCCAACAGAGGAUGUUCUUCCUCUUCGAUCACCAGCUUGUCUGCUGCAAGAAGGACCUUCUGCGUCGGGACAUCUUGUACUAUAAAAGUCGGAUCAACAUGGAUGAUAUGGAAAUCCUGGAUGUAGAAGAUGGAAAGGACAAGGACUUCAGUAUCAGUGUGAAAAAUGCAUUUAAAUUACACUGCCGCAACACCGAGGAAGUCCACUUAUUUUGUGCAAAAAAGCCCGAGCAGAAACAGCGCUGGCUGAAGGCCUUUGAGAAUGAAAGGAGACAGGUUCAGCUCGACCAGGAAACAGGUUUUUCAAUAACGGAGGUGCAGAAAAAGCAAGCAAUGCUGAAUGCCAGCAAGCAGCACCACACUGGGAAGCCUAAAGCUGUCACCAGGCCAUACUACGACUUUCUGAUGCGUCAGAAGCAUCCCACCUUGCCUACCACACUCCCUCAGCAGCAAGUCUUCAUGCUGGCAGAGCCCAAGCGCAAGCCCUCGAACUUCUGGCAGAACAUCAGCAGGCUGACACCCUUCCGGAAAUAAGGACAGCCCCAUGUUUGUGCCUGAACCCCUUCUGAGAAAGCACUUUAUCCAUCAGUCCUAGGAGGUGGAGCCCAGGUUCUUCCAAUCCUUUGUUUGCAGAGGAUGGCACAUGUGCUCCUGCCUUCUCUAUUUAUUUUGCAGACCAACUGACCUGGCUCUGAGGUGAGACACUGCAUGUGUGCCUGCACACGUGCAUUUGUGCAUCGAGCCAGCCUUGCACAGCACCCGUGACAAACUUCCAGGAAGAGAUCACAGAAUGGAACCUGAUGUGUUUCAUCUGAAAAGAUUUUGCCUGUCAGCUGUACACUGAAUCACUCCUUUCUGCUGUGAACACUACUGCUGUCUGGCAGCAGUCAGAGAGGGGAUGGCAGCUGUUAAACCUACUGGCUCCUUGUCCACUGACAUGCUCAGAACAACAGCUCAGUGUCGCUGACAUACAUUUUCCAGGGAGGAAAAAUCCCUUCCAUUCUCUGCCCAUUCCCCAUUCCCCACCUUUCUGAUCAAGGACAUGAUCUUCCUACACACUUCUAACUAAUUCAGUUAGCCUUUGCUGGCACUCAGACAAGACAACAGUGAGUAUUACACUGUGACCCUUUUCUCUUUCCUUUAAUUCAACAACACUGAUGAACAAGAUAGUUCAUUAAAUGGUGCCAAUCAACCUGCAGCAUGAGUAAAGGUCAAGAAUCUCUCUAGAGGGUUUGUUACAUAAGUUAGAGAAAAAUGUGCCUAAAUUAAUACCAUCAAUUCCUUAGACUCUCUUUUAUCAUUCUGCCAUAUUUCCUGGCCAAUGAAAAUGCUCACUGUUUGUAAUGUGUUUAUUUAUGGUAUAAAUCAGAACUGUGUAUUUUGUAAGUCUGUAAUUGUUCUUGUCAGAUGUUGUUAACUUGAUGCCUGUUUUGUCUGUUUUUAUUUUUUAAAUAACAAAAGGUCAAUAUUUGCAAACCUAGCUCCCAGAAGUCAGUCUGCAGUUUGACACUGAAAAACUAAAACCAUGAUAGUUAUGCAAACUCCUAUAGACCCUCAAUUCAAGGGGUAUUAUUACAGGGUUUUGACACCUUCAAAAAACAAAACAAAAAUCCAACCUAAGGCUAAUUGUAAAAGGCCAAGACUUAGCACUGAAAGCCUCACUUUAGGUACCCAGCUUUCAAACUGUGGCCAAGAAAAAUUAAAUUUAAACCUUGGUUAGCAAAAGGAAAGAUUUGCCUUACCAUAGUGAGAGUUAGAAGCCAUACUGACUGAAUUUCUUAGCUUAGGAGACAUUGGAAGGAAGACACCCCCACGUUCCAACACAAUGCUAUUUGAGCGAGCACUAACUGCCUGCAAAGCUCGGAAGUCCAGUGUUUGUUAAUGCUGUAGCUGACCAAAGUCUGGUCAUCCAGGGAUAUCUGCAUUCAGUAGCAUGUACAAAGUCAUUCUUGCACUAUAUCUUCUCCCCAGACCAGGGGCUAUAUAAUUUCAUAAAGAAACUUGUAAAAGUAAUGCUCAGCCUGUGUUUGUGUCUGACAUGUCGUAUCUGUGUAAACUUGUUUCUCUUCAAAGUAAUUGUGGAGAUUUUCCUCUAGCAACCUAACAUGUGACUGCUAAUCAGUGGCGAAGCGCCUGCAGGCUGCCCUCAGUGAAGCCAUCUUUUGGAUGGCAGGUUGGUGGAAGUGAGAGAUGGCACCAGAGAGGCACUGGUCACUCAAAACACUGAUCAAGGUUAGGCAAGUCAUUGGCUGCACCAGCAUCUGAUUCCCAACUGCCUGCUAGUUACUUAAAGGGGAAAAAAGUCAAGUAAACAUGAAAAAAAGAUGCAGGGGGGGUGCUGAAACCCUCUCUGAGCAACAGGGCAUUAAAGAGGCACAGCAAGAUCAGUGACUUAAGAAACAGUCCUGAGAGAACCCAGCAGUUUCUCCUGGACCUGGCACAGCCUGUGCCACACCUGCCACUGUUCCUGGGAAAACGCACACCCCAUGCUCCUCUGAAAGGCAGAGCCCAAUGUGCCAUCACCACUCAAUACAGUCCUCUACAGAAUGGCAACAAGAAACCCAAUAG